AUGGAUGUGAACUUAGACUGCUUUGCUAUUGUUAGAACAAGGUAUGGAACAAGACAGCAAUCUGACUCAAACCUUGAAAGCAGCAUCAGUGAGAUGAAUUCUUACAUGAAAGAAAAGAUAGAUGAAGAGUUCAACGUAAGGUUUGAUGCCAAGAAUUUCGAAGUGAUGAAGAGUUUCGAAGCCCUGGAUGCCUCUAAGGAGUGUUAUCUUGAUAAAGGGGUUCUCACGUAUCUUGUUGAUCAUUUUCACUGCCUAGAAAUUAACCAGUCGAAUCUCAAACUGGAGCUGGUAAGAGCCAAGGAAGAUUUCCUGCUCGGGGUUCCUAUUUCUGAAAGUCGGUGCCAAAAUCUUAUGAAACUGGUAGCGCUAAAGAACACCAUGGCAACCUCCACAGCCUCAGUUGAGCGAGCUUUUUCAGCAAUGAAUAGAGUCUGCAACAAGAUCAGAUCAAGAAUCACGGCUUCCAGGCUUGGAGACCUGCUCUGUAUUACCUUAAAUAAGGACUUGGUCAAGAA